GUCAGCGUUAAUUGUCAUGUAGGAUAGAUAAACAGGACAUCGUCUUUAGGAUACAUUAAAAACUACUUGGUAUAAAAAUUGGAUGGGCAGGCGUUUUCCGAGUUGAUGCCGAAUAGUCGACCAGACGCAUUAUAUGUUCUUAAAUCCUGUUUUGAUCCUGUAAAAAUGUCAUAUAAAUAAGCAUUAGUUAAACCCGGAUAUUUUAAAUGGAGCUUGGCGCUACGUUGACGCUUAAGCGCCACAUUUAAAGUGACAGCGGGUCGUUUGACGUCACUUAAUCAUGGCCGCACACGGAGGGUAGCCGUGGCGCUGUCAGCUAGGUAAACAAACCUUUCAAGUCCCAUUAAAAGCCGAUCAGCUGCACCGUUUUGGCCGUUUGAAUUCCCGACAUGUCACUGAACAGGGUGCUGACCUCGGUUAACCACAGGAGCUCGUUACGUUAUCAUUAGCUACGAAUAGCUGUUAAAGUCUAAGCGCGUUGCUUUUUUUUUUUCCUGAUUUCUGUUUGGAGCUGGACAGCUGAGCACCCGCGGUUCUCAGCUACGAUGAAUGCAGCUUGCAGCGCCUGAGCCCUAUGAGCAACAGGAGACAGACAGCGGUGAACAAUGGAGAGCGGAGUCUCAUUGAAACUACCCCCGAGGACUCUUCCAGGAACCUCCUGGAUAAAGACUCCCCCACGAGUUUUGUCUAUGUGUUGGCUUUCUUCUCUGCGUUGGGAGGGUUCCUCUUCGGGUACGACACCGGCGUUGUUUCUGGGGCCAUGCUGCUGCUGAAGAAGGAGAUGAACCUGAACACCCUGUGGCAGGAGCUGCUGGUGUCCAGCACCGUCGGGGCAGCGGCCGCCUCAGCCCUGUGCGGAGGCCCCCUGAACGGCUGGCUGGGGAGGAGGAUCUGCAUCCUUAUCGCCAGCUUCAUCUUCAGCAUCGGUGGCGUUAUCUUGGCUGUUGCCCCGGACAAGGUGGUCCUGCUUGUUGGCAGGAUCACGGUUGGUUUGGGAAUAGGCAUUGCCUCAAUGACCGUUCCUGUAUACAUCGCAGAAGUUUCCCCUCCCCACAUGAGAGGUCAGCUGGUCACUGUGAAUUCUCUCUUCAUCACCGGCGGCCAGUUCAUUGCCAGCGUGAUCGAUGGGGCUUUCAGCUACUUGAGCCAUGACGGUUGGAGAUACAUGCUGGGCCUGUCCAUCGUUCCUGCCGUGCUGCAGUUCUUCGGGUUCCUCUUCCUCCCGGAGAGCCCCCGUUGGCUCCUCCAAAAGGGUCGGAGCCAAGAGGCCCGUCAAAUCCUGACCAAGAUCAGAGGAGGCCAGAACGUGGACGAGGAGUACGACACCAUCAGAACCAGCAUUGAGGAAGAAGAGGGAGGGGCGGGUGGAGGAGGUAUUGUUAUUUUCCGCAUCCUCAGCCACGGUCCCACUCGCAGGGCUCUCAUCGUCGGCUGUGGCCUUCAGAUGUUUCAGCAGCUAUCUGGGAUAAACACUGUCAUGUACUACAGUGCAACCAUUCUCCAGAUGGCGGGAGUGCGGGACGAUAAACAGGCGAUCUGGCUGACCGCCGCCACCUCCGCCACCAACUUUGUGUUCACGCUGGUCGGGGUGUGGCUUGUGGAGAGAGUGGGUCGCAGGAAGCUGACCCUGGGCAGCCUUUUAGGUACUGGGCUGAGUCUGACUUUGCUGGCGGUCGGGUUCUUGCUGUCUGCGCAGAGCUCUCCACCCAUAACCCUCCACCCAGUCGACCCUCAAAACUCAACCUGCAGUAUUUAUGGGUUCUGUGAAUCCUGCAUGUUGGAUCCAGAUUGUGGAUUUUGUUACCGUGAAAACGGCACCGCGGUAUACGACUCCUCCUGCAUUCCUGUCAGUCCGACGUCCACAGAUCACGCCGCCUGGGGAAGGUGUUUCAAUCAAACAGAGGCGACUGAGCCUCCAAUUUGGGCUUACAACUACUGUCCCACAUCUUACUCCUGGAUCGUCCUGAUGGGCCUCAUCUUGUACCUCGCAUUCUUUGCUCCAGGUAUGGGCACUAUGCCUUGGACGGUGAACUCAGAGAUCUACCCGCUGUGGGCGCGCAGCACCGGCAACGCCUGCUCAGCUGGUGUCAACUGGAUCUUUAAUGUCCUGGUGUCUCUGACUUUUCUCCACAUCGCUGAGUUCCUCACCUACUAUGGUGCGUUCUUCUUGUACACAGCCCUGGUGGCGCUGGGCCUCGUCUUUGUCCUGGGCUGCCUCCCAGAGACUCAGGGCCUGCAGCUGGAGGACAUCGAGAACCUGUUCACCGGUCGGCUCUGCUCCUGCGGAGGCACCUCGCCCAAAGACAAUCGCCACAUUCACUACAUCCGGCAAGGUUUGGAAAUGAGCUCAACAGACUAUGGAGCAGUGGAAUCAGACAGUGCUAUAUCCUAUGUAAUUGUAAGUACAGCACCAGGGUGUUAAAAGCUCUGCCAGCUUUCCUCCUAUGCUACGACAGCACUAAAUAUGCCUUUGUUUUUUUUUUGUAAUGUUCAGUUUCAUCUCUUUGUUGUUGCAGCUCAGAUAAUCGUGACCAAGUUCUCCUGAAUACGGAGCGCCUUUGAACACAAUGUGUCCUUAUACACUGGUACAUUUCAGUAUGUUACUAUUCGCUUUAGUGCUACAGCUGGCAUCUACUAGUUGUACAAUAUUACUUAUUACAAGUCGUCUUCUUUUCAUAUUAGGCUUUAAGUGAAUUAUGGAAACACAAAAAACUUUAAAUUGUGUGGUUACAGGUUCAUUAUCAUUUAGCGUAGCAUUCAUAGCAUCCAUGAAGAACUUACUGAUAUCCAAAAAAAAAUAUAUCUUUUUGUAUUGUGAAUUUUACAGAUGUUAUUCAGAAUACUGAUGCUGCCAUUUUGUACACGAGACACAAUUUAGCCUCAGGUGGACUGUAAUCCUUUGUUAGCAACAGUUUGGAUUAAAAAGGCCAUAAAUCAAUUGUGACAAAUGAGGUGUUUUCAGUCCUCGUUUUGUGGUUAAAAUUCUAAAGUGCUGUUGAUGAAGCUACCUUCCAUGUCUCUUUUAUUAUCCUCUGUCUAUGAUUGUGAUAUUUUGCUACUGAACAAACAAUUAAAGCAAUCUGAUAAUAAAGGUCAGUCAAUGUUU